UGCACUUUGCGACCAGGGUACCAGCGCACUGCGAACAUCUGGUCGUCCCCCUAAAUCAGCUCUUCCCCACCAUCACCGCUCUUUUCAGGCCCGGUGGAGCCUGCCUUCGUACUGUCAUUAAAUAUCCAUUGUUGUGCCCAGUGCUACUGACGCCAGAUUUCCUAUUUGAAUCCGCGCCGCUUUGAGCUCCGGUGAGCUUCAGCACCCGCCCUGGUCAACCAACGCCAGCUGUUCACCCACCAAAGACCGCCAAUAUGGCGAACCGCGCACCGGCAUCCGGUUACCUGGCCGAAAAGCCAGAUGGACGUCGAUCUGGAAAAUCCCCCUCGCGCUCUCCUGCGCGCAAUGCGCACAAAAAGCAGAAACCCAAGGUCGUAGGCUAUACCUCCGAGGGGGUGCGGGACCACGACAUCUUCAGCCUGCCGGGCUCUGACUGGCAGAUGCUGGGUCUGUUGAUGGUAGUGGCCACUGUUGUGCGCCUGUAUAGGAUCUACCAGCCCAGCAGCGUCGUCUUUGACGAAGUUCACUUCGGUGGAUUUGCCUCCAAAUACAUCAAGGGCAAGUUCUUCAUGGACGUGCACCCGCCUCUCGCAAAGCUUCUGAUUACCCUCGCCGGGUGGCUUGCUGGGUUCGACGGCAACUUUGACUUUAAGGAUAUCGGAAAGGACUACGUAGAACCAGGAGUGCCCUAUGUGGCUAUGCGACUGCUGCCUGCCAUCUGUGGAAUUCUGAGCAUUCCAACCAUGUUUCUCACCCUUAAGGCUGCGGGCUGCCGAACUACAACUGCUUCGCUAGGUGCAGGGCUGGUUAUCUUUGACAAUGCGCUCGUUACCCAGUCGCGUCUCAUCCUACUCGACUCGCCGCUCGUACUCUUCACUGCCAUCACUGCCCUCGCUUGGACCAGCUUUACGAACCAGCAUGAGCAAGGCCCUACAAAAGCGUUCCAGCCAUCAUGGUGGUUCUGGCUCGCCGCGACUGGUGUUGGUCUGGGCGCGACUUUCAGUGUGAAGUGGGUUGGUCUGUUCACCAUCGCCUGGGUCGGCACCUUGACCCUGCUACAACUGUGGGUCUUGCUCGGCGAUGCGAGAAACGUGACUCCACGUCUUUGGUUCAAGCAUUUCUUCGCGCGCCUCUUCUGCCUAGUGGUCAUUCCAUUGUCCUUCUAUAUGGCCAUGUUUGGGAUCCACUUCAUCUGCCUGGUCAACCCCGGUGACGGCGACGGCUUCAUGUCUUCUGAGUUCCAGGCGACUUUGAACUCGAAAGGCAUGCAGGAUGUGCCCGCUGAUGUUGCAUUUGGCAGCCGCGUCUCUAUUCGUCACCACAACACCCAAGGUGGAUACCUGCACUCUCAUGCCCAUAUGUACCCGACGGGAAGCAAGCAGCAACAGAUUACUCUCUACCCUCACAAGGACGAGAACAACAUUUGGAUCCUCGAGAACCAGACUCUUCCGGAAAUCUUAGACGGCCCGAAGCCUUCAGGUGCGAAGGCUUGGGACAAUCUGGGACCUAUCAAUAUCGAGGAUGGCGCUGUCCUGAGGCUUUAUCACAUCACUUCUGACCGUCGCCUUCACUCGCACGAUGUACGUGCCCCAGUGACAGAGGCUGAUUGGCAGAACGAAGUUUCUGCGUAUGGCUAUGAAGGUUUCGAAGGUGACGCGAAUGACUUUUUCCGCGUGGAGAUUGUCAAAUCCAUGUCUGAUGGUGCUGAGGCUAAGAAACGGCUGCGGACCAUUCAGACCAAGUUCAGGCUAGUACAUCUGAUGACUGGCUGUGUCUUGUUCUCUCACAAAGUGAAGCUUCCAGAGUGGGGCUUCGAACAACAGGAAGUAACAUGUGCUCGUGGAGGAACUCUGCCAAACAGCAUAUGGUACAUUGAGGGGAACGUCCACCCCCUUAUGAACGAGACCACCGAGAAGGUCAACUAUCGCAACCCAGGCUUCUUUGGCAAGUUCUGGGAGCUCCAGAAAGUGAUGUGGAAGACCAAUGCCGGUCUUGUCGAGUCGCACGCUUGGGACUCUCGGCCGCCUUCGUGGCCUUUCUUAAGAAGGGGUAUCAAUUUCUGGGGCAAGCAUUCUCGGCAGAUCUACCUCAUCGGUAACCCCGUCAUUUGGUGGAGCUCCACUGCCAUCAUUGGCCUCUAUGUUGCCAUUAAAGGUCUCGCCGUCCUCCGCUGGCAGCGCGGCUACCGUGAUUAUAACAAUGUAACUUUCAAGCGUUUCGACUACGAAGUCGGCAUGUCACUCUUGGGAUGGGCUUUCCACUAUUUCCCGUUCUACCUUAUGGCUCGCCAGCUCUUCUUGCAUCAUUAUCUACCGGCCCUUUACUUCGCCAUUAUGGCGCUUUGUCAGAUGUACGACUUCGUCGCAUAUCGCUUUGAUAUUCUGGGCAUUAGGGACUAUCCCAAGAUCGGCCAAACUGCUGCGGUCGCAUUCCUGGCCAUCACCAUCGUCGUUUUCCAGACCUACUCGCCUCUUGCCUACGGCAAUCCAUGGACAAAGAGCCAGUGCAACAGUGUCAAGCUCUUCAGCACAUGGGAUUGGGAUUGCAACAACUUCCUAGAAUCGUACGAUCAAUAUACCACAGAGGGAAUCAUUCCGUACACUACCUCCCCCGCAGUACCUGUGUCCGCGGCUCCUAAGGAGAUCCCCCCGCCAGUCCAGCAAGAGCAAAAGAAGCCGGAUGACGUUGUGUCUGAGAAACCAAAGGUCUCGGUUCCGGUUCAGGCCGAUGAGCUUCCAGUCUUGUCCAAGGAAGAACGCAUUGAAUUCCGCGAUGAGAAUGGCCGAGUGCUUGACGAAGAAGAAGUGAAAGCCUUGGAAGGAAAGGUCAGCUUCAAGACACGGUAUGAAACACGGACACGAAUCGUAGACUCUGCAGGCAACGAACUCCACGAGUCUCUUGUAGAGGCUAGAGAGGCCGAAGACCAAGGCGUCGCUCCUCCUCACCCGGAUGUCGAGGGCCGAAACCCUGAAACCAAAGAUGCAAAUGAAGCAGAAGCGAGCGAACUCCCGCCAACCGUUGAGGCUGUCGAGGACGAGAAGAAAGAGAAGAGCGUUGAGGAGCUAGCGAAAGCUCCCAAACCUGCUAGCGAAGCGAAGGCUGCUACACAGGAGUCCGCAAACUAGAGAAUCAUGGCGCGACGGUAAUCUGAUUUGACCCCAUUGCAUUGCUCGGUUGCCGCGAGGACGAACUGACAGCAAUUGGGCGGAAAUGGAGAGCUAUUCCUCAUGUUGUAGUUCGUGCAUCAUGCGCUUGUAAUAUAGGGUAUGUCUUAUGGGUAGCGUUGGCGCUGUAGGUGGGGGUAACGAUUAAAUACUCAAUUUGGUUCCUGGUGCGAAUUAUGGUCAUUUCACAAAAUGUCCGUCUUCUCUUUCAUCAUACACCCC